AUGACACCUGGAGCCCUAGCUGUGAGGAUCCUCUUCUUGUCCCAGACUGUACUAGGAAUGCUGGGGAACUCAGCCUUGAUUUGUUGUUUUAUCAUCAUUGACUUCACAGGGAUCGGGACAAAGCCCAUAGACCUGAUUGUGAAACAUUUGACCUUUGCCAAUAUCAUGGUUAUUCUCUCCAAAGGAAUUCCUCAGACAAUGGCUGCUUUUGGUCAUACAUAUUUUCUAGAUGAUGCAUCAUGUAAACUUCUCUUUUAUUUGCAUAGAGUUGGCAGGGGAGUGUCCCUUGGCUCCACAUUCCUCUUGAGUGUCUUUCAGGCAAUCACUAUCAGCCCCCUUAAUUCCAAGUGGGUAUGGCUCAAGUUCAAAGUCUCCAAGUUCAUUGGUCCUUUGCUGGGCCUCUGCUGGUCUCUGUCUCUACUUGUAAAUAUCUUCAUUAUCAUGAUAGUGACUGACAUGAGCGAUAAAGGAAAUCUUACUGAAUUUAGACAAUUUAUAUACUGUUUAGUAGUAAAAUCUUCCAAACAGUCUUGUAUAAUAUAUCUGAUCCUAUUGUCCUUCGGUGAUGCCAUAUGUUUGGGACUCAUGAUGUGGGCCAGUGGCUCCAUAGUAUUGAUCUUGUUCAAGCAUAAGCAGAAGGUCCAACAUAUCCACAGUUCCCUGUCUACUAAGUCGUUCCCUGAAAUCAAAGCCACACAAAGAAUUCUUACUCUAGUUUGCAGCUUUGUGGUCCUUUAUGGAAUCUCUGUCACUUUAUUGAUGUAUUUGUCUUUCCAAGCUGAAAUAGACACAUGGCUGGUCAAUGCCAAUGUGGCCAUGAGUGCAUGCUUCCCAGCACUCUGCCCCUUUCUGUUCUUCAGACACUUUAUUAAGGGUUUUCAGCCUUUCAGUACUUAA